AAGAAGAAAAUUGUGGGUGGGGGAAAUAAUCUUCACGCAAAGAAAAGAAGGCAAAAAUUCAACUGUGAAAAUGUUGAAAAUACAAAUGCUCGAACAGAUCGUAACGAACGAGAACGUAAUCGACGAUGACGAUCAGCAGCGGCACGGUAAUGGGAAGCAGCGAGGUGCUGGUGGUGUCAGUGGUGCCCUAUCACCCGGUGGGCAGCUGGCACCUAGCUCCACACCGGGCAGUGCCAAUCUGAGCCCGAUCGGUGCAGCAUCGAAAGGUUCGCCAUCGGCCGGCGCAGACGAUGAAACGCGCAGUCUUAACCGUAGCGCACGCUUAUCACCACAAGGGCGUCAACAUAUGGGCGGGUGGACGACGGCAGCGGCAAACGCGAAACAGAAUGGUCUGUCCGCGACCACAACUGCGCCGAGCAGCAAGAGCGCCACCACGAGCCCGGAUCGGUUGCGCGGCGCCACGCACGAUCUGUUCGAACUGCUCGAACGCGUCCAAAGCUCGCGUCUGGACGAUCAGCGCUGCGUUCUACCAUCGUACUUCACACAGGUGCGUACCGUGAGCACGGGCACAAAAACUCGAAUGGUUUGCAUUAAUACACGCAGCGCCGAUGAACGUAUCGCGAACCCGCACAGCGCCAAUGAGUCGACAAACAACCUUACCGUACAAAUACCCCAGUCGAUGGGCGGCGGCAACACGCGAUCACUGCUGCGCCACUCGAACAGCAUGUCGUCGAAUCCGCACUCGAACUCCAACUCGACACCGGCCUCACCGCACCUGUUGUCGAACAGUUCCAGCGUGCAUCUGCAUCACAGCAAUGGUGGCGGUGGAAGUCUUCACCACCACCAGCAACAGCACCCACAGUAUCAGUCACAAUCGUCGGUAAGUUCGCAGUCGUCCUCGAUCAUCUCGACCGUGCCGCCCGUCCAGCGGCUGCUAGAGGAUGCGCUCAGUAAACCGGCCCCCCAUCCAAUGAUCGUCGUACCGAACAGUGGCGGAUACUGGGUUGACGGUACGGAUCAUGACGCUUCGUACGAGGUCCCGGCCCAUACGACAUGGCGCGUGGGAAAGAUCGAAUCGGACGACACUGCCAAGUGUUACCGACGGUUCUUCAUCUCGCGUGAACACUCCAACCUGGUCGGGCACGACGAUCAGCUUGGUCCGGUGUUGCUUUCGAUCAAGUCGGAGAACGUGGCGAACCAGGAACACAUCCGGAUACUGUUGCGGCUGCGCACCGGCACGAUGCAUGAGUUGAUACCGGCGUCGUGUUUGGGCAGCAGUCCAUCGCCGAUCAAGAUGGCCCGGUUGCUAAAUGAACAGAUCAACGUGGAUACGGUAACGCCCGUGGUGUGCCCGAAAGCGUCUGCACUGAUCGCUAGCUACGAUGAGCAUGUGCUCGUGACGAACUUUAAGUUCGGUGUACUGUACCAACGCUUUGGCCAGACGACAGAGGAGGAACUCUUCUGCAACAGUGAUACGACACCAGCUUUCGAUGAGUUCUUGGAUGUGCUCGGGCAGCGCAUUCGACUACGCGAUCACAAGGGUUACCGCGGUGGACUUGACAUCCAGAACGGGCACACCGGUGAUACCGCCGUUUACGAUGUGUUUAAAGAGCGUGAGAUCAUGUUCCACGUGUCAACGCUGCUCCCAUACACCGAAGCUGAUCCACAGCAACUUCAGCGCAAACGGCACAUCGGUAACGACAUCGUGGCGAUCGUGUUCCAAGAGGAGAACACACCGUUCUCUCCUGCGAUGAUCGCGAGUCACUUUCUGCACGCGUUCAUCGUGGUGCAACCGAUCGAACCGAACACACCAAACUGUCGUUACAAGAUUUCGGUCACGGCACGGGAUGAUGUGCCGUUCUUCGGUCCAACGCUACCCCAACCGUCCGUCUUUAAGAAGGGUCCAGAGCUGAAGGAAUUCUUGCUGACGAAGCUAAUCAACGCGGAAAACGCGUGCUACAAGGCGGAUAAGUUCGCACAGCUUGAGUUGCGUACACGAUCCUCACUGCUGCAGAAUCUCGUCGACGAGCUGAAGGAGAAGACGCGCGAUUUUCUCGGCGUGGAUGUGGUUGGUGGGGCGGCCGGUGUGCCGACAUCUCCAACGCCCGAAACACCUAAAUCGGAGGGUGGAUUUACGGGAUCCCGGUUUAUCGAUACGGUAAAGAAGGCACUAAACGCAAGGUUACGAUCGCAGAAUUCGGAUCCAACGAAUAAUGGUAGUGCGGGUGCGGGUAGUGUCGAUACCGGCAGCAAGCAUCACAACUCGAUGAAGAAGUCCAAGGAUGGUACCGGGCUCGUGUCGGAUAUGCCGUGCGGUCCUGGAGGUGCUGUUAAUAUUGGACGGUCACUAUCAAAGAGCAGUACUACCGGAUCACGCAAAUCACCCAACGAUUCGGUUGCAUCCUCGCCGGACAUCACCUCCCGAUGUUCCCUCAAUCCAACUCUCAUCAACAACAACAAUAGCAACGCUCCAAACAACAACAACAACACGAUCGGAAAGAAUCACUCGAAUGGCAACACUAACAGCAAUGGUGCCGGCAAUGGGAAUACCAAUGCUGGUGGCAACAACAAUAAUGGCCCAGUCGCCAUGUCCGAAACCAGUGACGAUUCCAGCCUCAACAGUGUUGAUCUCGAUCCGAUGGUAUUUCUCCCAACGGUAGAUGCAGGAGCGACGUACAUCGAUAGCGAUACCGGUCUAGAAUCGAUGUCUUCGGCCGAUGCCACCACCAAAGCUUGCUCGCUCUGUCUGGACGGUACGGGCUCAACGAAUGGAGGUGGUAGUGUGGUGAGCGUCAGCAUUAGCGGUGCAAGCGUUACGAUCGAUGGAGGAAAUCCACGGGAACUGCGGAACAGUGGGGGCAGUGCGAGCUCCGGAACCGGAUCGACGGCAAGUGCCGGUGUGCAGGGUCAGGGUGGUGUGCUGGUGCAGGAAACGCUCCAGCAGGUGGAAGGGAUGCGGCAAGAGAUAACGCGCCUGAAAUGUGAUAAAUUGGAUCUCCUUCGGCAGAAUGUGACCUGCCAACGUGACAUCAAGCGUCUACGUGAACGUGAAUUAUCGCUACAGGGUGACCUGGCUGCCGCCGGCAAAGAGAUCCUCCGGUUACGCGAUCUCCUGAAGGAAUGCUUACCGACCGCCGUUGCCGAUCCGAUCUAA